UUAUUUAUCUACAACUUUAUCAAGUCGGUGGAUUUCUGGGUUGCCAUGUAACAUCCCUUUUUGCGCAAUUUACCUAUGAUUUAAUAGGUAUUGAUCUGUCGACUGUCAGUGUUAUUGAUUGAUUGUUUUUGUGUUGAAAGGUUAAGGACAAGGCAUCAGCCGCCAUAGGUCAUUCACGAUUAUUCUAGUCUGAUUGAAUCAGUAAAAUGUAAAUAAAUAUUUAUUAUUUGGAGUUGAUCUUAAUGUAUCUGAUAUUUUAAUGAUUCUUAAUCUGUGAUUCGAAUUACGACAAAGUGCAUCCAAUAACAUUAGUGAAUUUCUACUCAACAAAAUGAGCUUUUUGGAAACCUUGCCAGAUGAAAUUGUUAUUUUUAUAAUCAAAAAAUUGGACAUAAGCUCAUUAAACAAUAUAUGUACAGCUUUCGAGCGUGUACGGAAUAUUAUUUUUACCUAUGGAGUUAUAAAAUCUUGUAACUUGAGUCUGAGUGCAGCGGCAAAACCAGAAACAUUCAAAUUGCCAUUAUUCAAAAAAUUAUCAACCAAUCUAAAGGAGCUUAACUUGUGUGGAAUGUGUGGACUUUACAAGACUGUCUUCAUACCGGUCGUGAAGAGGAUGCAGUGUUUGGAAACCCUAGAUGUAACACACACCAAAAUCAAUAUAACAGACUUGUUGCACAUACACCAAUUAUGCCCGACAAUAAAAGACAUAAGUAUUAAUUUUUCAUUUGGAAAGUCCUUAACUCAGCCACACGAGGUAUCAUUGUAUCUUAAAAACUUUCGGCAAUAUCAAGAUAUGUUCAGAAACUUUGUGAAUGUCCACUUUGUGGGUAAUCUCCGCAUUAUGUUGUAUUCCGAUCUACCCAGUAUUAUCUUAAGAUUUGCUCAUUUAAAAAGUUUAAAAUACACAAUAAUCGAUUGUAACCCAUUAGAUAGAAACCCUGAAAAAACAAAUGAUAUGAAUUUUGAAAACUUUACAGUAUAUAUUUCAAGCACAAUGAUUCAAAUGUCAGCGGCAUGUAUGUCACAUCAUUUUGCAAAUCAACAUGGUGAAUUUCAAAACCAUGGCUCCCUGAAUAAUAUGUCUCCCUUUGAUGAACUGGAUUUUAAAGAAUAUGAAAUAAUUAUAAUUAUCAGAAAGCAUUGCCUAACAAAACCUGUGUGUUAUGCUUCCCCUUUAUUUGAGAGUUUUUUAAAAAAAUAUUCCAACCCACACCUACUUGAGAACAUUGAGUUAAACAUUACAAAUAAUUUUAUGAUUGACUUAUAUGGCAAUGUGUGUUUAAUGUUAUGGAACAAAAGCAUGACAACAUUUGACGAAAAAUUCUUCUUAAAUUUGUGGUGUAAGUUGAAACCCUUUUUUCCUUGUUACUUUGAUUCUUUACCAGAAACUCCAGUAGCUUCUGGUUAUGACCUUUAUGUUACCAUUCCUCAAGCAAUUGAGCGAAAACCUGAAAGCCCCCCAUUGGGUUUCAAAAGAAAAAGACUUGCUGCUCCAAGUUGUUUACUUAAUUUUGACAUUGCAUUCCAAGAAAAAAGUAAUAUACAAUUGUCACUCCUAUUUGAAAAUAAUAUCAAAAGUGCUGUUACCCUGUCUUCAUCCUGUGAGUAUUUGAAAAAAUUAACUUAUUUAAGUUUAAGUGGUCACAUACGUUAUAAUGUAGAUUUUUUUAAUAUUCUAUUUAGUAGCUGUGAUAAACUUAUUACAUUGUCAGUAAAAGCUAAUUCCUGUUGUUCAUGUUAUGCUUCUAUAACCAAAUCUAUAGCUUUAAGUAAGUCUAUUAAAAAUUUUCAACUGAUUGAUAGAAGUAUUGAUUUUCGAGAAUUAUUUGAAGAGAUGUGUCUCAGUAAAACAUUAGAAAAUGUUCACAUAUUAGAUACAGAUACUAAAAAUUUUUCUGAUCCAUAUCUUGUGUUUGAUAGCUGUAAAACCUUAUACUGUAUGUAUUUGUAUGUCUAUUCAUCCUGCAGUGGUAAAAAAAAAAUUAUGCAAACUAUUAGCGACCCAUGGGGCCCUAGGCGAAGGCAGAUACUUUUAAAGAUACUUAAGAACAAUUUUUUAAUAUGUGAUCCUUUUUCUGAUGUAUUUCAUUUGAAUUUAUUGUAAGCAUAAUUAGUUAUCAUUUGUUCUACAAAACAUAAUGUAAUCAUUUAAUGAGUAUCUAUUUUUUUUUACUUUUUCCUCUCGGCGGAAGGCCUAUUUUAUAUUUAAUAUUUAUAAUGUGUUCUGUAAACAUAGUCCUAUAUUCCACAGAACAGUUUGGGAACUACCCAUGCAAGGAUUUGAAUUUGCCCUCUUCUAAUUGAAUCACCAAAAAUUCCUUAUUAUCUGUAUCAUACUAUAUUAUCUGUAUGUUGAGUUCAUGAUCUCAAACAAUGUGCUCUGGUAGAAUAUUAGAUAUUUUUAGGAUUUCCUAAUUCCAAAUCUAAACUGCUUAAGUCCACUAAUUCCCUGCUACAUAUUGAAUGUUGUCAGUCCAUAUUGUUAGACUUAUUGUGACUAAUUAGGGAGUAUUGGGGAACACCAAUGCUGUGUUUUCUGGUGUGUUUCCCCAACAAAUAUUGUUUAGUAAAGCAUACUUGUAGAGCUAUGCUUACUUAUGCAUUAUAUACAAUUUAAAAAUAAAUGGUUAGCCUGAACUCAAUCAAUCAAUUAUUCUGCUCUAGAUCCUUCAUUAAACUUCUGAUUUAUUAAAGAAAAUUCAUAUUUAAGAAGUAAAGUGAAUGUUAAAGUACCAUUAGUAGUGGUAUUAAAAAAUAUUUAUAUUUUAGUAUCCUUUUAUUUAUUACUGUCUUCUAAAGUAGGAACUUGUUGUUGGUGAAAUACAAGUUGAAAUUUUGAUAGUUUGUAGGUACUUGUGUUGCUGCUCUAACAAAUAAUAGAAUUAUAUUAAAAAUUCAAGAGUUUUGGUGUUGUUUGUCAGAAAAAGUAAUGAUCUACAUCUCAAUUGAUUGAUUUUACUGCAAACUAGUUUUGCAAGUUGAAAUUUUAAUAGUUUGUAAGUACUUGUAUUGCUGCUCUAACAAAUAAUAGAAUUGUAUUAAAAAUUCAAGAGUUUUGGUGUUGUUUGUCAGAAAAAUUAAUGAUCUACAUCUCAAUUGAUUGAUUUUACUGCAAACUAGUUUUGCAGUGAAAUCAAUCAAAUAAGAUAUUCUUAUAUCUCUGCUUUAUGUAACAAACAAUAAUAUUGUUUAAAUACUUGUCAUUCUACCGUAUUCUUUCAUUCAUAUAAAUUAUAUUUUCAUUUUAUUGUAUGUAUUGGGUUUGAUAUCCGCCAAGCGAAGGUACCAGCCUAAUGUUUAAAAAAUUAAACUAUAUUGGUAGGUACUAUUGAUAAAACUUGGGUACUUUUAUCACUUGAUACCACACUGCAACCAAUAAGGUCCUAGCAGUACUAAUCCUAAAUUAUAUUGUAUUUGUAUUGUAUUGUAGUCUGACUAUUAAAUAAUGAUUAUA